AUGGCUCCCGUCCAGGUUGGCAUCAACGGCUUCGGCCGCAUUGGCCGCAUCGUCUUCCGUGCCUCGAUCCAGCACGGCAAGGCCGACGUCGUCGCCAUCAACGACCCCUUCAUCGACCUCGAGUACAUGGUCUACAUGCUCAAGUACGACUCCACGCACGGCCCGUUCCAGGGUGAGGUCUCGCACAAGGACGGCAAGCUCGUCGUCAACGGCAAGAGCAUCGCCGUCUUCGCCGAGCGCGACCCGAGCAACAUCCCGUGGGGCAAGGCCGGCGCGCACUACGUCGUCGAGAGCACCGGCGUCUUCACCACCACGGAGAAGGCCAGCGCCCACAUCAAGGGCGGCGCCAAGAAGGUCGUCAUCUCGGCGCCCUCGGCCGACGCGCCCAUGUACGUGUGCGGCGUGAACCUCGAGAGCUACGACCCCAAGGUCGAGGUCUUCUCCAACGCCUCGUGCACCACCAACUGCCUGGCCCCGCUCGCCAAGGUCAUCCACGACAAGUUCGGCAUCAUCGAGGCCCUCAUGACCACGGUGCACGCCACCACGGCCACGCAGAAGACCGUCGACGGCCCGUCCGGCAAGGACUGGCGCGGCGGCCGCAGCGCCUCGACGAACAUCAUCCCCUCGUCGACGGGUGCCGCCAAGGCUGUGGGCAAGGUCAUCCCGUCGCUCGACGGCAAGCUGACCGGCAUGGCCUUCCGCGUCGCCACGACCAACGUCUCGGUCGUUGACCUGACCGCCCGCCUCGAGAAGGGCGCCAGCUACGACGAGAUCAAGGCCGAGAUCAAGCGCGCCUCGGAGAACGAGCUCAAGGGCAUCCUCGGCUACACGGAGGACCAGGUUGUGUCGACCGACUUCAACGGCUCGACGUACUCGAGCGUCUUCGACGCCCAGGCCGGCAUUGCGCUGAGCCCCACGUUCGUCAAGCUUGUCUCGUGGUACGACAACGAGACCGGCUACUCGAACCGCGUGCUCGACCUGCUCGCCUACGCCGCCUCGAAGGACAGCGCGUAA